GACGACUGUGAAGUGAUUUUUGCCAUCUUCUUCCUUCGAACAAAGAAACCAGCGGCGCCUCUCCCGCUCCUGGUCAUUCACUCUUGAUCUCUCUCAUUUUCUCUCUCCAGCGAAAUAAAUCAAGCAAGUACUGUUAAUUGUCUUCCACCUCUCGACAGAGACGAGGAACCAGCGGCGACUCCCUCCCCUCUGGCAUCUCUCCUCUUCCAUUCCGUCAUCCUCUGUGCUUCUCUCUCUUUCUCCCACGCUCAUUUCCUUAUUCCAUUACCUCCCAUCAACACCAACUGACUGAAUCGACCGAAAUCGUGCAAAGCAAGAAAUCUACUGUUCAUCGCCUUCCUUCUUCGACGAAAACAGAGAAGCAGCGACUGAACAGCUCGAACCAGUCGCAACAGCAAGACAUCCCUCCCCAUUCUGACUCAACUCCUUUAGCUCUCACCUCCUUCGUCUUCUAUUCCGUUUCGUUCUCUGGCUAGAGGAUACACAGUAGCAGAUUGAAUUAGAAUACGGUACCCCUGUUGCAUCAUUUGAAUUUCGGCCAACAUCUCAACUCAGAGUUUUUCACCUACCUUCAGCGUCAGUCGCUGUUUGCAGAACCAAUCAAAUUCAGGCCGAUAUCCUACUCAGUCGAAGUGACAAAACAGGAGAUUUUUCAACCCAGUCGAAGAGACGAAACAGAGAUUGCGAAAACUCCUCCGGCGAACAGAGAGCUGAACCAACCUCCGGCGAGGUAAGAGCACUGCUGAACCAUUCUCCUCCACCACCUCCUCCUCCUCCUCCUUCGAAAUCAACCGCAUGCUCUGAUUGAACCAACCUCCGGCGAGAGUCUGCAUCUAGAGCACCGAUCGCUGCAGUAGUUCAAAGGGAGAGAGAGAGAGAGAUUAAGGGCGAGUGAUUCAAGAUCAAAGCUCGUGUUAAAUCUUCCCCUACAACAUCCAUCGACUCCAAGCCAAUAUUCUAACAGGCAAAAAUUGAUAAUGCAAGGGAUGGAGCAAUUGAAAAAUCAACUGCAGCCAUGGAUUAAUCAAGCAGAGGAAAUUAUUCAUCAGAUUCCAGCUGCUCAACUAUAUGUUGCUGUGGGUGUUCUGUUUCUGACAACUACUUUGCUCUUCUUGGUUAGCUUGCUCAGACGUACAAAAUCUAAUACUAUUGUCCUUGCUGGGUUAAGUGGUAGCGGGAAGACUGUUCUUUUCUACCAGCUUCGAGACGACUCUUCACAUCAAGGCACUGUUACAUCUAUGGAACCAAAUGAGGGCACUUUCAUACUACAUUCUGAGUCCACCAAGAAGGGAAAACUACAUCCUGUCCAUAUUGUUGAUGUUCCUGGGCAUUCCCGCCUUCGACCCAAGCUCGAUGACUACUUGCCUCAAGCAGCUGGCCUUGUUUAUGUUGUGGAUGCUGUAGACUUCUUACCAAACUGCCGUGCUGCUGCAGAGUACCUAUAUGAUAUUUUGACAAAGGCAAGCGUUGUGAAGAGGAAAAUCCCAGUACUGAUACUAUGCAAUAAAACUGACAAAGUGACUGCACACACCAAGGAAUUCAUCAGGAAACAACUUGAAAAGGAAAUAGACAAACUACGGGCAUCAAGAACUGCCAUAUCAGCAGCUCACGUAACUAACGAAUAUACUCUUGGCGUCACCGGAGAGGCCUUUGCAUUUUCUCAAUGUCUUAACACGGUGRCUGUUGCUGAAGCUUCUGGACAGACGGGGGAAAUAGUGCAGGUUGAACAGUUCAUCAGGGAACAUGUUAAACCUUGAAGCUAUCCUUUCAUGUUUUCAGAGUUGGCAUACUUCUGAUGAUCGAGGGAUUCCAUYAACUCUGCUUCUUGAUUGUCAUUGAAAAGACUUGUACUUUUGGUUAUCGGGGGAUUUCAUUAACUCUGCUUCCUGAUUGUCAUUGAAAAACUUUCUCCACUCUUGCCUCCAGCUCUCGAUCACUGCUGGUCAGAAGCAAUAUUAACUUUUAAAGAACUGGGAAACCAUUUUAAGUUAUUAGAAAUUCGAUCUGUAUCCAAUAUAAUUGAAGACCUA